UAAAUUUGAGAAAUUUUAAACUACCGCAUGUUUCAGCGCCAUCUGACGACGUUUCGUUGUUGGAGUUGGAUUGGAGAUCUUUUUGACGUUUGGGAUAAGAACGCGUUCGCGCUGUGCGCGUCUAUUCACGUCUAUGGUUCUGCUCGCGUGGAAAGUGAACGAGAAAAAUUUCGUGACGUGCAUAACCCACACCUUCCUUUCACAGUGUUUCAUACUGUCCGUAAAAUGCGUAAAUUGUCCACGUUUCUGUGAUUUCUCCACUUCGAUCCUGUAAACGAUCAAUUCGCGACAAUAAAAAUCAGAUUGCGGAGGCGACGAUUCGUAUGCUCCGUGGAAGAAAAUAAUGCUUGUGCUCACGUAUGGACACCAGUGCCAGUGCCAGAUACGAUAGCUAGAUUUCUCACGAAUAAGAAGAAAGUAUCGCUGUCUUAAAGGCAGCAUGAGCAAUCCUUAUAGAGCAAGACCGACUAGGUCUAGAGUAGAUCACAGUUUAGCAUACGGAGCUCAUAAUCAAAAUGCAUGGAGUAUGCCAAGGGUACAGUCGGAUGUUUUGUCGACCGAUUCCAUUCCACGUCAACCACCUAUCGCAAAUCAGUCAAAACAAGUAACCGAUCCUUGGAAUAAUUCAUGGAAUUGGGAUUUUGAUAAACAAGCUGAUAAUCAGCAACAGCAACAACCACCUCAACAAGAGCAACAGCAGCAGCAGCAACAACAACACCAGCAACAACAUUUUAUACCUCCUUAUACGAAUCAAGGACAGCUAAUGUCAAAUUCCAUUCAGGAUCAUUAUUAUCAGAAUAUUAAUGGCAACAAGUCUGAUUUACUUAAUCAGAAUUCCAUGUCGAAUGAUGAUACGCAGAGUACAGUUGUUAAUAGGCAACCAAAUCCAAAUCAUUCGGAUUCGUUCGCAUCUUAUUCGAAUUAUAAUCGAUAUCAACAAUAUCCUCCGUCAUCUAGAACCACUUCUGUUAUAUCUGGAUCUUUGAAUUUUGACCCUCCGCAGUGGACGACCGAACAACAGUCUCAAAAUAUCCAAUACGCGCAACAAAGAACCGCUAUACAAAACCAAAACGAUAAAAUAGCGCAUCCGUCUCUACCUAGUACUAAUUAUAGUUGGCAUAAGCCGGAUCAAACGACUUUAAUGUCAUCCCAUAAUUGGCAAAGUCACGGUAGUUUGCCAGGACAUUGGCAGGAUCAGAAAACAGAUAAAGAGAUUCAAAAGUUGGACGAUAUGGGUAAUCAAUGUACACCGCCGCUACAACAAACUAGGUUGACUCAGCUUCUUCCACCUUCCACUGAGAAUACUAACAAAGAACAAUCCAUCGACGAUCCAAAUAAUUGGUCUAAUCAAACGAAUACGUCGGCAUCUCAGUGGAACAGUCAAAGUCGUGAAUCCAUGCCACCUAAUCAAAGUCAACACGUGCCAGCAACUUGUAAUGCCACGAACGAAUUCAAUUCUUGGUCUCAAACAGCGACUGUGAGUGUUUCGCAACAGUGGAAGCAUGCGGAUGACGCUCGUACGACUCAGUGGUUACAAGAACAACAGGAUGAUAACAAGUUACCUGAAAAAACUGUUAAACAAGAUAAUGUUGGUGCUAUGGCUGCAAAUGACUGGCAACAAAAUCCUACGAUAUCCUCUCAUCAUUCUUUAACCGAUAUACCUCAAACGCAAGAAUCUAGCAUAGAACAAGAAGAAAGGAAGAAGUCAAUACCUUCGUUAAUUACAAAUUCCAUAAUUUCAAAAGAUUCCAAUAUACAAACAAAAACUAGUAUAGUUAAACAACAACUAUCCGACUCUCGCGUUAACGUAUCGGCGACUCCUGAAACUAUGUCAACAAUUGCGAGCUCUGAAAAUGUUUCCAUUCAGGAGAAUAAUGAUUUCAAUUUAAUAAAUGAUUCAUUAGAAUGGGGAAGAAAUAUUUCAUCCGACGAGUUACCUGUUAAACUAGAACAAUUGAAUCUUGGUUCUAGGCCGAGCAAGCAGUUAGAAAAUCAAAACGAACCAUCGGAAGUCCAUCCCGCUAUAUCUGGCGAUGGAUGGAAUCAAAAUACAGUUACGCAGAACAAUACUAUUCCUGAUAAUAUACCUGGUUUACCUUCUGAUUAUGCUGCGCUUGGAAUGGAAAAUUCUCAUUCUCAUUCUCAUUCCAUUGAUUCUCAAGGUGCCAUUACUAAAGAAAAUUUAACGCACACGUCGUAUCCAGCGACAAAUAUUAAGCCAUUGGAUAAUGUAACACAAAGUGCAUACGAUCAAUGGUACAAUCAGAAUACAUUAGCACGUUCCUUGGACAAUGCAUGGUAUUCGAAAGAUCAUGCUCGUCCAGCUAAAGAAUGGAGUGUCGAACAAAAUGUAGAGAAUUAUGAAAUUAUUCAGCAGCCUACGGAAUUCGUAAAUUUAGAAGUAGUUGCGCCGUCGUUACAGGAACGGGAUAUAUAUGGCUCGAGAGAUUCCAUAAACAAGGAAACUUUGGAUAACGAUCCAAAACCGGUUAUGAAUCUCGCCAAAGAAUCAGCUAGUACGCGUGAUUUCAGGCAAGAAGCCAAUAAUAUCGAAGUACCUUCUGCACAGCAGGUAGCUCGAUCUCAUCCACUUCUACAUUCGGAACAGGUACCAGAUAAUUAUGAAUUCGCGUCAAACGAUAGAAACACGUUUUUAGAAACCGGAGAAUUAACCGAUUCCCAUCAAGAGCACGAACCGACUCCACCAAGCCAAGACGAUGAAAACGACGAAGUGCCUAAUGAUAUUCCUUUCUUACGGGAAGUACCGGGCCAAUCGAGUUCCAUAGAUCCACGUAGAAACGACCCAACAGGGCAAGAACAAUACGUUCAAUCUGUUCAGAGACUAGCAGAUCCAAGAAGGAAUGAUCCUUCUGGUCAAGAACAAGGUCUUCAGUUAAGAAGUGUAUCCGAAAGAUCGGAACGUCGCGAUGUUCCUCCUGGCCAAGAAAGAAGCAUUCCUUUACUUUCACGAACAGACUCCGAUCCGUUAGAACGUCGAAACGAUCCGUCUGGCAGAGAGCGAUCUCUACCUCCGCAACAGUCUCGAAAUGAUCCUUCUGGAGAAGAAAGACACAACCAAGCCCUGUCUCAGAUUAUGUUGGAAUCUAGCGAAACGCGUGAAAUACCUGGUAGAGGCAACGAUCUCGAAGACUCUAAUCAACAGACGACAGAUGAGGACCUUAGACAGAUACCAGGUGGUGCAUCUCCGAAUGAUGUCGCUCAAUCUUUAGACGACAGAUCUAAUGGACGAGUUGUUACGGGUUCACAAGAAGUUCCACCUACAAGCUCCACGAUACAAGAUCAAACAAACGAUUCAAGGAAUAAACGGGAGGAAGCUGUUGGCGCAUCCAUACGUGAGAAUCAAGGAGUUUCGAACUCGUCGAAUCGUAAAGAUUCAUACGAAGACGAGGAUGACGAUGGUUCCGGAAAUAGUAGAGACGACAGCAGAGAGAGACGGCGCGAUAGUAGUUCUGAACGACGACGAUACGAAUACGAACGAAAGAACGCCUAUUACGAUCGUGAUCGCGAAUACGAUGAUGAUUAUUAUUACGAUCGUCGUCGCGGAGGAGAAAACGAUCGAGUGUACAAUGCGCGCGACGAUUUCGAUCGACGAGAAGUUCCUUAUCGAGAAGAUGAUCGCAAACAUCAUAGCAGGGACGAUCUUGAUAGGCAUACGAGAGAAGAGAUAGAUAGAAGAAGCCGAGGUAAAGAUGAUCUGGAUGAAAGGGAUGGCAGAAGAAGACUCGACGAUCGUAGAAGAGAUAGGCUCGAUGAUGGCCGUCAUAGGGAUAGAGAAGUUCGGGACUACGAUUCACGAUAUUCUAGAGAUCGAGAUUAUCUCGACCGUGAUAGACGAAGAGACGAUCGCGACAGAAGAGCAAGGCGAUACGAUGAUUACGAUAUCAGAGAUUCGUAUUACGAUGAUCCUUACAGUAGAGGAUCUAGACCAUCCAGUAGAUCUUCUUACAACGAUAGAGAUCGAGCAUACUACAUGCGAACGAGAGAUUCUUACUAUGGGUAUUCCGGAUACGAUUACGGUGUUCAAUAUGCCAACAAUUAUUAUGCGUACAUAGAAAAUUUGCGACGCACAAAUCCUGCCGCUUAUUCCGAAUGGUAUCAUAAAUAUUAUGCUAACCAACAUCAACAGCAACAUAUUUCUCGAAGCGUCACCAAUUAUCCGGAAGAUAGAGCGAGUGUUCAUUCAGGGCGUAGCUCUUGCGAUGAAAGAACGACUGGCGAUAAACGAACUUUAGGCGAUAUGUCCCUCGAAGAUUCGACGACUACUUCUGCACGAAUGACACCGGCUAAAUUUUCCAUGUCUCAUGCAUACGGGUGCCUUUCUAUCGGUUCUCUGAUACAUGUACAUCCAACUUAUCCAACCGAUGGCGAAAGAGCCAAAGUGGACAUUUUUAGAUUGGACAACUUACUUUUACACGAUCCUGUAGCACGCGAUUUGCGGGUUUAUCCUGGACCUCUGAUUAAGCAAGUGGGUGUUACUCAUAAAAAGACUAUUAUCGAAUAUUGCGAAAAUAAAAUUAAAAGAGCAGGAUCAAACGAAGAAAUGGUCGAUCGCGCUUCGUAUAUUCUUUUAUACGAACUAAUGAUUAUGUUGAUCCAACAGAAUGGAAAUGUUGUCGGUGUUGAUAUAGCAGCGUUAUUGCUUCGAAAUAAAGACGCAUAUCCUUACGAUUUGAACAAGCAAAAGUCUCAAGAUCUAGGAAGAAGGGAAUCCGUGAUAUCGCAAAGGUCUAGUGUCACGGGUGGAGAUGGAAUUCAGGGUAAUCAAGAUGGCGGAGAAAUUGCUGAGAAAGUCGAAAAUAAACCACGGCAAAGCAUCGAACAAAUUACAGACGAGUUUAGAAAUACGCUACUAUACGGAUUAGUGCAAGAAGCACUGGAAUAUGCGAUGAACGAAGGACUUUGGGGCCAUGCACUCUUCUUGGCUAGUAAAUUAGACAAACGUACUCAUGCUUCGGUGAUGACACGUUUUGCCAAUAGUUUACCUUACCACGAUCCACUGCAAACUUUAUAUCAACUUCAUUCUGGCCGUGUGCCCGCCGUUGUUACCGGUAUAUCGGAUCCACGCUGGGACGAUUGGAGACCUCAUUUAGCUAUGAUUAUAUCGAACACUUCUGCCAAUCCGGAAAUUAAUCGUCGUUCGAUUACAACGCUCGGAGACACGCUUUUCGCGCGAGGGGACAUCCAUGCUGCUCAUUUCUGUUACAUACUCGCACAAGUCGAUUUCGGUGCUUACGGAACGAAUAACGUGAAACUUGUAUUGAUCGGUGCGAAUCAUCAUAAACCGUAUAACGCGUUCAUUACGAUGGAAGCUGUUAUGCUUACAGAAAUAUACGAAUACGCUCGAAACCUUAGCGAACCAGGAUUUACAUUGGUGGAUCUUCAAACUUUUAAAUUCGAUUUGGCUAAAAAAAUGGUUGAUCAUGGAUUGAUAGAGAAAGCCUUGUUGUACAUAGAGCAAGUUGCAGUGAAUAUCGUUAACGAACCAUCGAAAUACAAGAGAUCGUUUAUUAGUGCGGUAUAUAAUUUAGGAGACAGAAUUAAAUACCAUGACCCAGUCUAUAAAGAUUCGACCGACGAAGGUAUAACUUUAACUUGGUUCGAUAAUUUAGUCGAGAUAGUUGGUAAAUGCCAUACUGGAGAAAUUAUUGAAAACAAUGCCGGUGGUUUACAAAUGAAAAUGGAAUCGCACAACAACGUGCAAAAUGUAGAAAUGUAUGAGACGAAACAGCAGCAACAACAGCAAACACAUCAACAACAACAACAACAACAACAACCAUGGAAUCCAGUUCAGCCCGAUUACAGAGAAGGUCCAUCAUCAAUGAUCGAAGUAGCCACGACUGAUGUGCAGGCGGAAUGGCAACCAUUAUCCUUGCCAUCCAAUAUACCAGACACGCAUGAUCAAAGUAUGCAAUACCCAAGAAAUAACGAGGAAUCUUGUCAAUACCAACAAUCGCAACAUCAAGACUACUGGAACCAAGAGUCCUAUUAUCAGAAUAAUUACGGGAGGAAUGACAAUACCGUCGCGAACUGGCAACAGCUUUCAACUCAAACACUGUACCCCUCGGAACAAGGUGACAUCGAUAAUUCUCAGCAACAGGAAAAAUGGAACUAUGAGACGGAAAGGGAAGAAAAAGCAUCCACCCCUGAACCACCUCAACCUGCGAUUUCUAUGACGCCGUCAACGAAAAAGCAGUACGAUCCAUUGGAAGAGUUGGACGCACUCGAGACUCCGAAACAAUCGUCGAAAGCUACGUCAGCGACGAAGAAGGCACCGGAGAAAGCACCCGAGAAGAAACCUUCCAACAGUGGAGGCUCUUGGUUUGGUGGCUUUUUCAGCAAACUUGCACCAAAGCCAAGGAACCAAAUGAUCCUACCGGAUGACAGUAACCCAGCGAUCGUUUGGGAUCCUGUUGGUAAAAAGUGGACGAAUAAAGACGAAGACGGAGACAGAAGCUCCUCAGCUUUAGCUCCUCCCCCGAAAGCUUCGGACGUUGGACUCAGAGCACCUGUAACGGAACAGACCUCCCAACUGUCUCAAUCGACUUUACAAACCGAUGACGCGACCGUAAAUAAGUUCAAAUUACCGAAGGGCAGAAACAUGCGUGCCAACUACAUAGACAUAAUGAAUCCGAAUAGUUUGAAAACUAACACAGCACCGUCAAGUAUACCGACCCCGGUAACGUCUCCAAUCGUACCUAUGGCAACUUCGUCACCUCAGUUAUUCAUUCCUGCACCAGUUAACGAUUCAAACGCUACCGUUGCCUUCUUAACACCUACAUCAACACCAGUCGCACCUUCCACGAACGUCUCUGAAAACACCUCGCAAGGGCUCUCUCGAUGGAGCUCAACCAGCUCGUUAUCGCGAGAGGUGCAGAGCUACACUAUGAGGGAUCCGCGUCUCCUUCCACGGAACAAGGGACCAAUGAUGUACAACCCAAAUGACAUCAAGGAUCAUUCGGCAAAGAACACGCAGCAGAGUCGGUAUCCUCCACGAUAAAAUUCGCAAGAUCGUCUAGAAUACACCUGAUAUAGGUAUAUCAGGUGAUGUUUAGAGGAAAAAAAUGUUGUUUCUAUCAGGAUCGCUUUGCUUACAAAAAUCCAAAUUUUAUAUGUAAGCGAACGGUAUCAGUUAUGCGGCUUGAUUUAGUCAAGCAUAUCCAAGUUUACAAUUUGAAUUUUCUCAUGCAUCAAAUUUAGUUCUUUUAAAGCGCAAACAACAUGUGAAUUUACUAUUCCAUCAUUUGCAGUUACGAUCGAAUUUCAUUAAGCAUAUACUAGGUACUCUUUUGUAUAAUCAAUGUUUCACGGAAUGUUUUCACACAAACUCAACGCAAUACGAUUCGUAGAUAAUUUUAUUACUAUUCAGUCUUUAGAAUUGAAUCCGUUCAGUCGUGACAUUCUUUAACGAUGUAAAUUUCAAUCGAACAGAGAAACUUACGUUGCUGAUGUUACGUUGAGUGGGUCGAGUGUGUUUGUUAGAGAGUUUUAAUGGGUUCAACGGUCACGGUAUAUAGGGUACAGCUCUGUUGGAUGACAUAAAGCGCAGAAUUUCAAUGAUAAAUGAUAACGAAGUGUAAAAGGAGCGCGUGCUACGUUGAGUGAUCACGAGCGAAAUGAAUAUUAUUGUAAUAGUUUUGCGUUUGGGACAAGAUUCGCGUUUAAGUUGUACGUGAAUAAGUGUAAUGUGAAUUGUAGCAAGGAUCGAAUUGUCCACGUCUCGAGAAUUUGUUCCGUAUCUAGGAACAUGAUACGAUAUCAAGUCUGAUUUUAUACGAUGGCAAAAAACAUUUAUUGCAUACAUAGAAAAUGAAACGAAUGUCGGUAAUGUAUGAAAUGUUAGGAAUAUGAAAAUUUUAUGGAUCCCAUUGUUAGGUGAUGCGUAUCGCAGGUACAUGCUGUUAUUCGUUGUCGGGCUAUUGUAUCGUUAUACCAACGUUAUACAAAUAUUUGAAACGUAACUGCCAUCUAUUUAUUUAGAUUGGUGAAACUGGCACCGCUUCACGUCCUAUCUCUCUUCCUGUUUGGAUUACCGUAAGAAAAGGUUUUCAAAUUUCUGCCUGUUAACGUAGUCGUCUCUAGAGUUUCCAGUAGAAAAUCAAGAGAAAAAAAGAAACUAUUUGUACAAGAUAACUCGAAAUUAUUCUACUCGUCUAUAUUCCGGUUUGUAUAAUAUUUUUGGGACAAGACGUCUACUAAAUUUUCGUUGCUUCAAAGUGGAAUUAUACCUAAAUUAUUUAUCGAUUUAAUCCUAAUCGACUGUCACGUUACAGAUUCCGAACGAUUCCUCUCCACUGUUUGCUUUCCAAAUUGAUCUAUAGCGAUUGCUUCGAGUGUCCAGCAUAUCUCGAAUUCAACUGUCAUUCGUAAGCAAUUCUUUCAAAUUUCUCAGAUACCUUACUUUGCUUAUUCCAAAAUAUCUAGUCUAGGAUAACGUACGAUUUUCUACAAUAUGUUAUCGGUUUCCAUUCGAAUACCUAACGUGAAUCGUGUUACAGUUUUCUUUGGUUUUCUUACGUCUACAAGAAUCGAUCCGAACCAUAUAUUUUUCUUAACCGAGAAAGGCGAAAACUCGUAUUCAAGGUUAUUGGUGCUUUCGUAGGAUUUGAGUUUGCAAUUAGGAAAGAAUAUGCCAUAAAAAGUAUUUUGCGAUUUAUAGCAAGCAUACUUUUAUUCCCCGCCUAUGUAAUAUAUAUUAUCCAAUUUUUUAGCUGACAGUGAGAAAAGUUUGUUUUGUUUAGUGUAAGCUAACCUAUACUGGUACCUAUGACUAGAGAAUUUGGGAAACGAAGAAUAACGAAGGUUUACGAUGCAGUGUACAAACGUAGAAUAAGCUUCGCAUUGAUUUCUCAUUUGACGUUUAACGUUUUCUGAUUAGACAACGAUCGAAAGCGAGAGGACACGUAAAGAUAACGGAACGAACGAAUCGAAGAGAGUAACCUAAUCGUGUAUCCGUCGGUAAAUUAGAUUUGUUGCUCAGUUACCGUCGAUUACUUUCACCAAGUGCGAUGUUUCUUCAGGAUUGGAAAUAGUAACGAUUCCAGUUUCGUUUAAAAGAAACAAUAUUUUUUCUUGGCCAUUAAUCACAAUUGGAGUGAAACUGGUUUUGUCAAUUCCUGUAAAGUACACAUUAGACUCUAUUCAGUUUUAUACUCGUGACACGAUAUGCUUUCAAGAGUAUACACACACAGGCACUCGCAUACGCGCGCGCGCAUAAAUUGUAGAAUAUUAUAAUGCGAACGCAUUUUUUUGCGUACAUGACAUGUAUAUACGUACAUAUAAAUAGAUAUACAAUAUACAUAUACAUAUACAUAUAUAUAUGCGUAAGCUUUUCGGGAACUACAGCUACUUGUUCGAAUCAUUCCCACGAGGGUACAGUUACAAAAAAAAGCGAGAAAGAAAGAAAUUCAAUUAAUACAUUAUCAAAAUCAGAAUAAUUCUUUUUGUGAAAAAUGGCAUUUCGUUAUGACUUGUGUCUCGACUGCGAUGUUAUCCAUCAAUUAAUCCCUUUACACAUAUGCUAUUAAUUCGUUUCUAACGAAAUCUCUCGGUUCUAUUUAGGUAUAAUUUCGAUUUCGAUAUAAUUUGAUUUCUUUCGCUACAAACGACAAAUUUAGAACGAAAUUGUUAUUUUUAGUAGCACCCAAGUUACUCGAGCGGUCUUUUAUUUGAAUAUAAAUAGAUAAAGGAAAAGAAGCAUUUCUUGUGCUACGUAUUUUACGAUAUUUUGCGUUUAUUAGCAAACGAGGAAUACGUGACGGCACAACGAUCGAAGAAGGGUUUAUCGGGAUGCGAUUUAAUUCGAUCGGUCUACUCGAAAGCUCCCAAAGUGAUAUUGUAUACUUACAGUGAAAUAAUAAUAAAUUACGAAGGAGGACUAUAAGAGUAAACGUUAAAGUUGAACAAAAGUAUUAAUCGAGCUGUAUGUUAUGUAUGUAUAGAAUGGUUUACGAGCGAUGCAACUCUGGCUUGAUGUAACAUAUUACGAUAUAUCUUUAAUGCAUUUCGCAAUUGAGAUGUUCGAUGUAUGUUUUCGGGAAAAUACGGAUAACGAGAAAUGUAUACUGUAUAUUAUUAAUAUCACCACUAUCCCAUUACUAUUGCUAUUCUAUUAUAAUAAAGAAUCAUACAACUUA